CCACCUUCCAGCAGCCCUUUCACACGUACACCCGUAUACUCAUCCCCGCCACCCGCGCGCGCUCUAGGCAGAGAGAGAGCGAGCGAGCGAGAGGCCAACAUGUCCCGACGCAAGAUCUCCUCGGAAUCCUUCAGCUCGCUGGGCUCGGACUACCUGGAGACCAGCCCGGAGGAGGAGAGCGAAUGCCCCGUGGCCAGGCUCUGUUGGAACGGCAGCAGCAUCAGCCGCCUCACCGCCCCUACGCCUCAGACCAUAAGGCAGACUCUCCAGAGGACACUGCAACAUUAUGAGCAUCAAGUUACUGGUUACAGGGAUGCUGAAAAGAACUUCCACAAUAUCUCCAACCGAUGCUCCUACGAUGACCACUCUGGCAGUGAUGAAACUGAAGAUGUCUCAGGAAUUCUGCAGUGUACAGCAAAUAUACUUGGCUUGAAGUUUGAAGAACUGCAAGAGAAAUUUGGAGCGGAGUUCUUCAACAUCUGCUUCGAUGAGAAUGAGCGAGUUCUCCGCGCUGUGGGCGGCACCUUGCAAGAUUUCUUUAAUGGGUUUGAUGCUUUGCUGGAGCAUAUCAGGACUUCGUUUGGAAGGCAGGCCAUGUCAGAAUCGCCUUCUUUCCUAUGCAAGGAGCUCCCUGAAGGCAACCUUAUGCUCCACUAUUUCCACCCACAUCAGAUUGUUGGUUUUGCCAUGAUGGGUAUGGUUAAGGCUGCUGCGAGGAAGAUCUACCAACUGGAAGUUGAGGUUGAACAGAUCACGAAUGAUAAAUUGAGUGCUGAGGACUCCAACCCCGGCAACUGCAGCUGUCUCACUUUUAUUAUCAACGAACGUGAAAAUGCAAAUAUCACAAAAGUACUUCCACUAGGGACCUCCCAGUCUCCCUCAGACCUGAGGAUAAGCAUCAACACCUUCUGCCGAGCUUUCCCUUUCCAUCUGAUGUUCGACCCCACCAUGGUGGUCCUGCAGUUAGGGGAAGGACUCAGGAAACAACUCAAGUGUGAUGCCCACAAGGCCCUGAAGUUCCAAGACUGCUUUGAGAUUGUUUCUCCAAAGAUCAGUGCCACAUUUGAGCUAGUCCUCCUGAGACUGUCUACGCCUUUUGUGAUCCGAACCAAACUCGAAGCGUCAGGCUCUGAAAAGAAGGAUAAGGUGAUGGAAAUCAAAGGACAAAUGAUUCACGUUCCAGAAUCAAACUCAAUUUUGUUUUUGGGCUCGCCUUGUGUGGACAAGCUGGAUGAACUGAUGGGCCGAGGCCUUCACCUUUCAGACAUACCAAUCCACGAUGCUACCCGUGAUGUCAUCCUGGUUGGGGAGCAGGCUAAAGCCCAGGAUGGCUUGAAGAAGCGGAUGGACAAACUCAAAGCAACUUUGGAACGAACACACCAAGCUCUGGAAGAAGAGAAGAAGAAAACGGUAGAUCUCCUCAUUUCUAUCUUCCCGGAAGAAGUGGCUCAGCAGCUGUGGCAAGGGCAACAGGUCCAAGCCCGGAAAUUUGAUGAUGUUACCAUGCUCUUCUCAGACAUUGUUGGAUUCACUGCUGUCUGUGCCCAGUGUACUCCCAUGCAGGUGAUCAGUAUGCUAAAUGAGCUCUACACACGAUUUGACCAUCAGUGUGGAUUCCUCGACAUCUACAAG